GAUUAGACCUCUGUAUUGGUAAGCAAGUCGAUGACACUUUCCUGAAAGUCAUACGCGAUGAAGUUGUAGCGGUCGCUGGAACAUUGCCCGAUUGGCUGGAGAAAACGAACGACAAUAUAAACCAGUUACGUGCAAUGCUCGAGUCUGAGUUUGGCAAAGUUCUGGCGACAUUAAGUGAAGCCAUUAAAAGCAAGGAUGAAGAACAACUGAUGGAUAAAGAGUUGGAAUACAGGCCGCCGAACAUUUGGGAAACUCUGCUUUCAGAGCAAUUCAGUGUUUCCACGGCAGAUUAUAAAUCUGUAAUAUUUGAUGCACCAGAUCCAAACAAGUGGUUUACAGGAAGACAAAAAGAGCUAGAAUCGCUUGAAACAUGCCUCGCUUUAGAAAACAGUCACCAGAAAUUUAGAAUGGCGGCCAUUUGUGGCCUUGGCGGAUCUGGAAAAACGACCUUAGCUACCCAAUUCGCUUGGAAGCAUAAAUCAGAAUACGAGGGAGGCGUAUUUUGGUUCUCCAUGGAAGAUGGAAAGAAGUUUGACAGUUGUGUAAAUGAUCUAGCGUUAAGUCUGGGAAUGAUGCAAAACUCGUUAGAUUUGACGCUGACUCGGAUUCUUACUUUCAUAUCUAAGCGAGUGAAACGGUGGCUUAUGGUUCUCGACAACGUCGACCAAGCACCCCUUUCUGAUAACAUGCAGAGGGUUUUGUUAGGAAGAUGGAGGCGGUCAUCAAACGGCCACCUUUUAAUUACAACCCGACGUGAAAGGAAAGAAAUUUGUGAAUGUGUACAUCUUGAGCCACAUUGCUGUGUAGAUGUCUUCUCUUUUUCUAUCGAUGAAGCAAAAGAGUUUCUUCGAAGUCGUUUCGGCGAUGAAAAUGCUGCAGACCAGGAUGAUACGCUCAAUGAGCUGGUUGUUGAGCUUGGUUGUCUUCCUCUCGCUUUAGAACAGGCUGGUGCACAUAUCAGAUCCCUUCAGUGUCCUGUAAAUAAAUAUCUGGAGCAAUACAAACUUGAACGCUUACAGCUAUUGAGCGAGCAUCAUGCAAAUCCCUCUUGGGAAUACGAGUCCCGAAGUCGUCUUUCAGUUCACACUACAUGGCUCCUCAACUUCGAUUACGUUAAGAAGUCAAGAUAUGGAGAAAUUGCCUCCAGGUUUGUCCAUGCAGCUGCUUUCCUGGAUCCAGAUGAAAUACAUGAAAGACUUAUUAACGCUGAGCUGCUUUCUCCUGACGCAACAGAUGAUGAGAAAAAGGAACUCCCUCUUGUGAAUAACUAUAUAGUGGAGGUCUUGACUAAGUUUUCUCUUUUUCAGAGGAAGUCAGUUGGAUGCAUGAGGUUACAUCGGGUGGUGCAGCAAGUUAUUCGUAGUACAAUGGCAUCACAAGAAAUCGCGACGGCGAUGUGCACAACAUUUCAGUUGCUUAAAAAUGCCGCACCAUCGGCUGGUGAAUCAGCAACGGAUAUGUCUGUGUUCUCCAUUAUUCGUCACUGGUUAACAUUGAAGCGACAUAUGGAGAAACAACUUCUUACUACACCGAAUUAUAUAUGGGCUGAUCAACUCCGAGCUACACCGAAGUAUGGACGGGCUGAUCAGUUACGGAGAUUGAUAGACAUAG